AUGGCCGACGCUGGACCAGUGCACGUCAUAGCCAGCCAGGGUCUCGUCUCGUGUUUUCGCUCCACCAACGCGCGCCAUGUCCACACAGUCCCCGCCAUGUCCAGGCAGAGCCUCCGCCGGCUGGUGACGCUCGCCAUCGAGACGUCUUGCGACGACACGUCCGUCGCCGUCCUGGAGAAGGGUGUCCAGCACGGCCACACGGUCGCCACGCUGCACUUCCACGCCAAGGUCACGUCCAACAACACUGCGCACCAGGGCGUCCAUCCCCUCGUGUCUCUGCAGUCGCACCAGGAGAACCUGGCGAACCUCGUCAGCCAGGCAAUCAGGCACCUCCCGCGGGACCAUGCCGCCACACCCGGCCUGCCCGACUGUGUCUCGGUGACGCGCGGGCCGGGCAUGCGCUCGAACCUGUUCACCGGGCUCGACACAGCCAAGGGACUCGCAGUGGCCUGGCAGAGGCCUCUUGUGGGCGUCCAUCACAUGCAAGCCCACGCCCUGACACCACGUCUAGUCGAUGCCCUAUCUCCCACAUUGCAUCGUCGCCACAGACGUUCACAUGCAGAGUCGCAGACGGCUGCUCUAGCUCCCGACUACCCCUUCCUUUCGGUGCUGGCGUCUGGCGGACACACCAUGGUCAUCGCCUCUCAUCGCCUCACCGAGCACAAGCUUCUGGGCGUGUCGAACGACAUUGCCGUGGGCGAGUGCCUUGACAAAGUUGCACGUGCUGUCCUGCCUCCGAAAGUGCUACAGACAGCAAAGAGUACAAUGUACGGGGCGCUGUUAGAAGAGUUUGCAUUCGAGGAAGGUACUACGGAAGCAGCACAAGACGAACCGCCGUCGCCGUCCAACACAUAUGGCUGUUCUGCCCAGCAAUACCUUGCGGCGUUCGGGCAUCGAUACCCAUGGUACCAGCUCCCCGAGAACCACGAAGUAGCUGUCAAGAGGAGCAAAACCAAGUGGGGAUGGGGUUUCAAUCAGCCACUCACAAAAUCUGGUGGCGGAACCAAGAUGGGCAGCAUGGAGAUGAGUUUCUCGGGCUUGCUGACCGCCGUCGAGCGCGCCGUGUGGUACCAUACAGAUCCGUCUACCAACAAGCAGACCAACAUUGAACGGUCAAUCACUGAUGUCAGUGACGAGGAAAGAAUAUGCAUGGCUAGGGAAGCUAUGCGUGCAGCAUUUGAACACAUAGCUUCUCGGUCGUCGUGGCGGGUGGCGUUGCUGCCAACUCAUUUCUCAGACACAUCUCGUGGCUGCGCUGACGUGCAGCUGUACUUCCCGCCUCCUGAGUUCUGCACUGACAACGCAGCGAUGAUCGGCUGGGCUGGGCUUGAGAUGUUCGAGGCUGGACAUACUGAUCCUCUCAGCAUCCGCGCCAUACGCAAGUGGCCUCUUGACCGAAUACUAGAUGCACCCAAGGAUACCUGA